GUUACACAUUACCGCAUCAUGGGGCCGCCUUCAGCUGCCUGCGGUUUCCAAUUGAGAAGCCUAACUGACUUCUAGGGGGUGAGCCGGUUAGUCACUACCAUUUCCUGCUAAUUUUUCCGGAGAACGCAAGCAUAGAGCAUGGCAUGAACCAAACAAAGAAAUGGGACUCUGACUGAAUUGACCCCUCCCCCUGAUUCAGAGCAACCAGGGAAUAUUGAUUUUGGUGAAAACCAGAAAAUAAUAACAAGGGCAACGCGUUUUGAAGGCGACAGGGUCUGUUUGACUAGUCAAAGGGGCAGGGGGGAUAAUAUUUCAUUAUUCCGCUCUGAAUUUCCGCUUCCAAGUCUGUCUCUUCCAUGAACGAGGGUUGAUACUCUACCUACAGAUCACCCAAAUCAGAAGCAUACUCGAUUUCUAUUGUUGUUUCUUCCGGGAGAAUUGAGAUAGGCGGGAAAGCGAAAGCGAAUGACAAGAUCAUAGCAGACCUAGCAGUGCCGGUUGGCUACCCCCCCGCAACACCAAAGCAUGCACGUCCUAGCAGUGACACAACAACAAUGUGCAUUAUUUGGUGUUGCAGAGCGCGAAGCUAAGAUAGAAGCAGAGUAAGGAGGGGCGAAUGGUGUGGUACACGCUCGAGAUAGGUAUAUUGACGAGCCUCCGUGAAGGGCGAAAGAAAAGAAACAAUUCGGAUUGCGACCAGAAUGGAAUGCACUCACCACUCGCCUAGUCAACAGGCAAUAUGACGGGAAUGGACGCAAUAUAUUGAGUUUUAUGAUGCUUGGAGUCGCGAUGUGGAUCAGUAACUGUACAAGGCGACAAUGACGAUCAUCCGCUAAAUAAGUGAAGAAGCCGAUCGCGAUGGCGGUUACGGAAAAUUUGCAAGGGGCGGAAAGAAAUCAUCUCCCCGUUGGUAUGGUAUGCCGUGGUAUGCCUCACACCUGGCAUGUCUUUGAAGGAUCUGCCAUCAUUUGAAUUCCCAAUAAUUGGAAUAAAACCACCUACUUAGGUAUGUACUCCAACACCAAUGACGCCUAGUGGGGCCGAGUAUCUAUAGAACUGGGAAAUAUACAGAUGCACAAAAGGGGAAGAGAGAGGGAGAGGUAACUACAUAUUGUUUUUGUAUGUGUGUGCAUGUGUAACUAAGGUGGUGGAGAGAGGCUCAAGUUCUCUAGUCCGUAGUCCGUAGUAGUAUAGGAAUAUGAUUUUACUCAAUUCAUCCUGAGCAAGAACUACUGCGCGCGGGAUAUUUAUUUGACGAAGUCUUGGCGCGGCUCCUAGGAAGCCUGGAACAUCAGUCUCCACGUAUUGUGCACGAAGACGAUUUUAUAUUAUUGGGAUCAUAGUAUAUAAAUUCCCCAGAGUUAAUAUCCAUGGAUGUUAGCCGGCCAAAUGCCUAAUACCUAGUGACCGUCCCUCAGCGGAAUCUCGACUGUCUUUCUGGCACCAUCUCUGUAAAAAUGAGCUCAGUCGAGAAAAACUUCCACCACCCCUAUACCCCCUAUGAUAUCCAGAGCCAGUUCAUGCAAGCAUUGUACGACUGUAUUGAGGAAGCCAAAGUUGGUAUUUUUGAGUCGCCCACAGGUACUGGCAAAUCACUCAGCUUAAUAUGUGGCUCCUUAACGUGGCUUCGCGAUCAUAAACGCGCAGUGUUCCUCAAUACAAUUGACCAGGCACCCUCCGAUGGGGAACCGGAAUGGAUGUUAGAACAUUCACGGCGGGAGAAAGCAAGAUCUGCGAGGGAGAAGAGAAAGCAAUUGGAAGACCGUUUGGCUAAAGUCCGCGCAGAGGAAGAACGGCAACGAAAGCAGUUUGAGGACGGCAAGUAUCCCUCCAAAAGACAGAGAUUGACAGCGGAAAACACUCGUUCUGGACAAGAUGAUGAAAGCCAAUUCGAACUGGAGGACUACUAUAGCGACGACGAGGAGCGAGCGGCUGUGGAUACAGCUUCGAGAAGUGACAGCAUUUUCUCCGCUGAUACACUUGCUUUACUCGAGAAGCUGAGCGGGGACCCUGUUAGUAGGAGUGCCGACUGCGAACCGGAUGAUGAAAUUCAGGUAUUCUACUGCUCGAGGACACAUUCCCAGCUAACUCAAUUCGCCCACGAGCUGCGGCGAGUAAAGCUACCUCCAAGUGUUCCUCCCGAAGUGGAUGACCAUGAUGCAACUGCAGAUAGUGCGUCCCACCCAGAUGAUACCUUAGAAGAGAGCAUGAAACAUCUCUCUCUAGGAUCGAGAAAGACACUCUGUAUCAAUCCGAAGGUACGAGCGCUUGGUAACUCAACGGCCAUCAACGAACGCUGCCUAGAGAUACAGCGUCCUGAAACACUAGCGGAGCAGAGAUGCCAAUUUGUCCUCAAUAAGGAGAAUGAAACGCUUGUCAACGAUUUUCGCGACCACACACUGGCAAAGGUGCGGGAUAUCGAGGACAUUGGCAAGAUAGGCUCCAAAAUUGGAGUAUGUCCGUACUAUGCUUCGCGGUCCAUAAUCAAGUAUAGCGAGAUCGUCACAUUACCAUAUCCCCUUCUCCUCCAAAGAUCAGCGAGGGAAGCAUUAAACAUUUCCUUAAAAAACCACGUUGUAAUCAUCGAUGAAGCGCACAAUCUCAUGGACGCUAUUUCCAAUAUACAUUCAAUGUCACUGUCACUAACCCAAGUUCAAUUGGCCAUUUACCAGCUCACCACAUACGCCCGGAAGUAUAAAACCCGCUUGAGUGGGCGCAACAGGGUGUAUGUGACCCAGGUGAUUCGGCUUGUAAAUUCCAUUUCUGACUAUCUGAAGACUGUUCUGGAAAGAAAGCAGCCUACAGAGGGCGUCCUGCAACCGUCUGACAUCAUGACGGGGAAAGGCGUUGAUCAAAUAAACCCACACAAGCUAUCACGGUAUCUGCAUGAAAGCAGACUCGCGAGGAAAGUCGACGGCUUUAUUGAGAAGUCUUCCAUGGAGUCGCAAGCGACGACGGAUAAAAAGGUUACUCAACUUUCAGUCCCUGUUCUAUUUCAGGUGCAAAGUUUCUUAAUCUCAUUGAUGAACCCGUCAUCGGAAGGGAAACUCUUUUACGAAAUUAGCCAAAACGAUGUCCUUUUGAAAUACAUGCUAUUGGACCCCACCAACCACUUCCGGGAAAUCGUGGAGGAUGCAAGAGCGGUGAUUCUUGCAGGAGGUACAAUGUCACCUAUGGAUGAUUACGUAGAACAUUUGUUCCCGUAUUUGAAUGCGGAUCGACUCAAAACAUUUAGCUAUGGCCAUGUUAUACCGCCUGAUAAUCUAACCGCCAUUCCGGUGAGCAAGGGGGCUUUCAAUACCGAGUUUGACUUCACCUAUGGAAAACGAAACGACGAGAACAUGAUAAUUGAUCUUGGCAGGACCAUCGCAGCGCUUUGCCGUGUUAUUCCAGAUGGUGUCGUGGUUUUCUUUCCCAGCUACGACUACUUGAACCAAGUAUUGGUAAUCUGGAAGAAGCAAGCCCCAAAUACCCGAUCUAACAUCAUCGAUUCGAUCGAAAAAUCCAAAGUUGUGUUCCACGAGUCCCAGGACAAAACUACAAAUAUCGACGGACUACUUCAAGAUUAUUCCAGCGCAAUUAAUGGCGGAUCCCGCGGUGGCGCGUUGCUCCUGUCAGUCAUGGGUGGGAAGUUGUCUGAAGGAAUCAAUUUUUCCGAUAAGCUGGGCAGGGGAGUGAUUGUCGUUGGGCUGCCGUUCCCCAACAUUCGAAGCGCGGUAUGGCAAGCAAAAAUCCAGUACGUUGAGCACAAAGCCUAUGAGUCGGCUUCGCCGCUGUCAUCAUCGUUAGAUCAGGAUCGUAAGGGCCAGGGGUUUUCGGAAGAGAGCCGCAAAUUAAAGGCGAAAGCUGCUGGGAGAGUUUUCUACGAGAAUGCUUGCAUGAGGACUGUAAAUCAAUGCAUUGGUCGGGCGAUCAGGCACCAGGGUGAUUACGCAGCGAUCCUGAUGAUGGAUAGACGCUAUGGCAGUCCGCGUAUACAGAGCAAGCUGCCAAAUUGGAUUCGACAGAACCUGGCGGCAGGGACGUCGGAGCAGCCAGUCGAGCGGACAAUCGGGGAUAUUUCUGGAUUUUUUCGAAGGAAGCGAGAAUUGAAUAUAAAAUACGGCUGAGGAAUAGAAAAUGUAGAAGUCAUGAAAUAUAAAGCUUCUUAGUUCAAUCUAUUAGCAUGUGAAUUUGUUUUCAUCUCGACCUUAGGGAGUGCA